UCUCCGACUCUUGGAGUUGUGAUCCAUCGUCGAAGUAGACGUAGGCAUCGUUGUCAGGCAAUCAAGACCUGUCGUUUCGUCGUGCGAUUUUACUCUCACAGUCUGGCGCAGUGCCCUAUCAUCAUCUCGCUUGCUAUGAUGAUGAUAUUAUGGGAAAACAUCGAUAUAUCGUGCGGUCGUUGGUGUAAUUUUGCAAAAUAAAUCCGUAAAGUUAGGAGGAGGACGAUGGAGCGUAUUGCGGUAACGAAAAGCUGCCCCAAAGCGAGCAGUAGUAUCGAACAUCCGUCGGCGACAGUGCAGUGUGAAAUGAUAUAAUUUUGAAAUCGAGCCAAUAUCGAUCGGUUAGUUGACCGGAAGUGUGGCGCGUGGGUGGGAGUGAGUGUGGUGUCAUCGAGUCGUUGAGCUAAGCCGGUGUUUUGGGCCCAGGCAGGAUAGGCUCGUGAGAAAAUGGUAUCCUUGUCGGAGUCGGAGUCGAAUGGUGGCGGUGGGGUGGUGCAGAGGAAAUCGAAGUUUUUGCCGCAAUUCGUGAGGCGGUUGGGGAUUGGGAGGAGCAGAACGGUACCGAAAAAUGGGCUCGAAUCGGAAGAUGAGCUGUUUCUGCGGAAAAAGAUAGUGUCUUUUGAAUGCAACGGUGGAAAUGUGACUGGGGGCGAUGGCAAAAGUGUAAGCAGUAGUAGUGAUCGGCCAUGCAGUUUGCCGUUAUUUGUUCGAGUAGAUGAUUUGGGACAGCUUGAUGAGAGGGAAGAAAAAGCAAUAAUUUUAAGCGGUGAAACAGGUGCGCGCCGAACGUCGAUUCUUAAGCCUAGUGGUUCUCAAGUGAUAGUGCCUGAUGUAUGCGUUAGGGUAAGAACCGUUUCUCGUCAGACGGACGACUUCACCAAUAGUUCUGGCAAUGAGUCUUCCUCGUCACCAUUUCGCCGCGGAUCGUCAUUUAGGCAGAGUUUCAAUUACCUUUUCAAACGCAACAAACUGAAACUGAAAGACCGCUCAUGCACCAGCGAUAGCGAUUCCAAUGCUGUUCUAGAGCUGGAUGAAGAAACCAACACCGCCACCACUCCUAGCAAACCGUUCGAUGCUUUUCUGCCGGAAAAAGUGCCUAGUAAACGUGCCAGCACCGGAGACAUAUUCGACGACAUCGUAAUGCAACUGAACGAGGACUUUGGAGUUAAAAAUAGAGCCAAGUCCCACAGACGGAUGCAUUCUGACUCGUUAUGCAUAAGGAAGGGCGUUGUUUCGUCAAACGCCACGCAAUGUGAUAGAUCUACGAAUAGCGUUGGCCUCGGAUUUCGCCCCCUGCCCAUUUCAACCACCAUAGAGCCACUAAGUUCCGAUGUGCAGUUACCCAACAGUAGCCAACUCUCACGUAGUCCAAGUCACAACAAUUCCACUAAGAGUGAUCAAAAAUCUUUAAAAUCUCUAACGUCUUCUCCACUGUCGGUAUCGCCAACCAUAAGGAGCUCCAGCCCACAUCCGUCAAAAUCAGUCGCCAAAAAUGAUGCCAUCGAAAAGCCCGAGAAGCCAGAGAAGGAGAAAAAGAAAAAAGAGUUCAACAGCUCGCGGCAGAAAAAGUUCUCCCGGCACUUCAUCCAGGUGGAAGAUGAGAAGGUUUUGAAUUAUUUCUCCUGCGCAUUGAUUAGCGAUAUUCUUCUACAAGGCCAUCUUUACGUUACGCAGAAUUAUUUUGCGUUUUACUCUAAUGUAUUUGGUUACGUAACAAAGCUCUUGAUUCCCACGGUGUCAGUGAUAAAAAUCUCCAAGGAGAAGACGGCCAAAAUGUUCCCGAAUGCGGUCGGCGUCACAACGUGCGAAGAUCGGCACGUGUUUGGCAGCUUCAUUAGCCGCGAAGCCGCGUACCGAUUGAUGUGCAGCGUGUGGCGUCCGGUUGCCCCGGCGGAAAUCGAGGAACCCAUUGCACAGAAGGCACCGGAUGUCGAAGUGUCCGAGUGCUCGGUCGAGGAUGACAGCAGCUGCUCAAUUAGUGGUAACGAAAGUUCUUCCCAAGUGAAAGAUAAAAAGUCUGACGUAGUUGAUUCGGGUGAUUCUACUAACGAUAAGCUCACGGUGAUUGAUGGGAUCAAGCGGUCCCUGGAUGUUUCGAAAAACAUAAAAACAGUCCAGAAGGAGAUUAUUAUCAAGGCACCAGCGGCGCUCAUAGCAUCCGCAGCAAUUCUGAAGACAUCAUCCGGCAACGCCACUCUUAGAGAGAAACCCAGCUUUAGUGAUAACCCCUAUCAAAGUAGUAGUACUAGUAGUAACGCUAAUGAUAGCAUUCUAACAAGACUUAGAAAUAGGCUACAACAAAUCUUUCCCUCCGAUUUUGGUGUUAUACACGUAGGAAUAAUUUUAGCAAUAGUGUUAGCACUGUUUUCUUGUUUUCUCAUGUACAAAAUACACUACCUGCAGUCGCGGAUAUCCAAUUUCAACAACUUCCGAUGGGGUGAAGACGAUAAUAUGGAUGUCUAUGCGGAAGUUCUAAAGUGGCAGAAACAAAUGCAGGACAGAAGCACGGAGGAGGCUCAAAUAGUUCUCAAUUCCAAUCUAGAGCAAAUUGCAAAGGUGCGCAAAAGUCUGGAAACUUUGUCGAUCCUCCUGCACGACUCUACCAAGAAGUAUGGUAUAACCAUAAGCAGCCCUGGCACCGGAGAAGUACCCGGUGCCGCGGACAGUUCGAUACUGGAACCCGACUACGGGACGUAGCAAGUGAACAGACUCUGGCACAUUAUUGUAGGGGGAAAAUGUGAUGCAGUAGCAACAGUAGUUUAUUUUGUACUAUUAACUUAUUAUCGUGAUAUUUAGUUCGAUAAGUAUUUAUUCACAAGGGAAGCUAUGUUUGCAUUUAAAAACGUAAAUCGUGGAACAGAAGUCAAACGUCAAGUGGUGUGCGCAGGAUCGGUCACAGGAAAUAAUUAGUUAACAGACGUAAAAGACAGCUUAAAGUAAUAAUAAAACAAAAAAGUCAGCAGAUUGUAAGGGAAGCCAAGUUUCCUUCACGACUAUCGUUGGGUUGAAUGGUUAGUUUAACUAUUCCUGUCCCAGCUAAGCUGGAUACGCGUUAUCGUUUUUUUUGUUUUGUAGAUGUUUCGGAAAGAUGUUUCUCAAGUUUCCUUAUUGGUCAACAAUACAAACUAGUCACACGACAUUAAACAUAUUUGGACAUGGUCCAUUGGGUCAAUGAUAAAAAUUAGAACAAUUUGCUAACAAAUUCUUACAACGCUUUGAUUAAGUAAUUUGUAAUCUGGUCAGAAUAGCCGUGGUUUAUGAAGAAAACGCUUCAAAUCUUUUUUUUCAUUUUUGAUGGACUUCACUGCUGUGUUGCUUCUUAAAGUAUAUGUUAUUUGCGACUAAUUAUUAUUCAUGGUUUGUUAAAAGUAUGCAACAUUUUUAAAUACAUUUAUUAUUGUGAUGAUUUAUUCCUCGUUAUAUGUUACUUUUGAUUUUCUCUGUAUGUAUAUGGCAGACAUAAUAAAUGAUCGUAAAAAUGGAAACAAUUACUUUUUCUAAACUAUUCCUAAAUACAAACUUGGCAGACAGAACUUGGUUCGAAGCGAGGAAUUCAUUGAAACAUACAAAACGCAACUUUUCGUGGACGAAAUAAGUACACAUUGUCUGUGAUAAACGAAAUCCGGUGGGAGGAUAAAUCAAAAUAACUAACCAAACAGAAGCAAUUAACAAUUUUGUGAACAAGAAUUUGAGUGACAGGAAAGCAACCGAUAUCUUUAAAGUUGAGUUUUUUUUUUCUCGUGAUUCAAGUUUUGUUUGACUUAUCGCUAGAUACUUUGCCCAGGUUGAAUAAGGUUUUUUUCCUGCUUAGGUUAUAAUGCAUUCUUUAGGAAUACAAUGGAAUGGACUUGAAUAGAAAGUA